AUGCUGGCCCCCCCUGCUCCGGAGUCCCCUGUGCCUAUGUCUCAGACCGAGGCGGACCUGGCGCUGAGGUCUCCGCCACCUCCCGCUCCUGCCGGGGCUCCCCGCCUCGGCCCGGCACCCCGGCGGAUGCGUCGCUUCUCCGGAAAAGGGGAGCUCCGACCACGCUCCACGCGUUUCAGCCGCCGCAGUUCGGUGGACCUGGGGUUCCUGAGCACUUGGUCUGAGCCCGCCCCGCCCCUCCCUGAUCCCCCGGGCCCUCCAGAUUUAAGCAGUCCGGGCUCCCCCGAAUCCUUACAGCCUAGCUCCGGGGAGCAGGCGGAGGGCACACCGAGCGGGGGUCCUGCAGGGAAGCCGGGAGAUCUAGGGCGUGCGGAGCUCUUAGGGUCGGGGGGAGGCCUGGGUUUCGGGGAGAUGCUGCAGAGCCCCAGUGGGGUGGCGCCUGAGAGGCUACGAGAGCAGGAGGAGAAAGAAGAUACAGAGACGCAGGCUGUGGCCACGUCCCCGGACGGCCGCUAUCUUAAGUUCGACAUCGAGAUCGGACGUGGUUCCUUUAAGACUGUCUACAGGGGUUUGGACACGGAUACUACGGUGGAGGUCGCUUGGUGUGAGCUGCAGACUCGGAAACUGUCUCGGACAGAGAGGCAGCGUUUCUCCGAAGAGGUGGAGAUGUUGAAAGGGCUACAGCACCCCAAUAUCGUCCGCUUCUACGACUCUUGGAAAUCUGUGCUGAAGGGCCAAGUCUGCAUCGUACUAGUCACAGAACUUAUGACUUCUGGCACGCUCAAGACAUACUUGAGGCGAUUCCGUGAAAUGAAGCCUCGAGUCCUUCAGCGCUGGAGCCGACAGAUCCUGCGUGGGCUGCACUUCCUGCACUCCCGGGACCCCCCUAUCUUGCACAGGGACCUCAAGUGCGAUAACGUCUUUAUUACAGGUCCCACUGGCUCAGUCAAGAUCGGGGACCUUGGCCUGGCCACACUGAAGCGCACCUCCUUUGCCAAGAGUGUCAUUGGGACCCCGGAGUUCAUGGCACCCGAGAUGUACGAGGAGAAGUACGAUGAGGCAGUGGAUGUGUAUGCAUUUGGCAUGUGCAUGUUGGAGAUGGCCACUUCUGAGUACCCCUAUUCUGAGUGCCAGAAUGCUGCCCAAAUCUAUCGAAAGGUCACUUCGGGCACGAAGCCUAAUAGUUUUCACAAAGUGAAGGUACCAGAGCUGAAGGAGAUAAUAGAAGGCUGUAUCCGCACUGAUAAGAAUGAGAGGUUCACCAUCCAGGAUCUCCUGGCCCAUGCCUUCUUUCGAGAAGAGAGAGGUGUGCAUGUGGAACUGGCAGAGGAGGACGAUGGGGAAAAGCAGGGGCUGAAGUUGUGGUUGCGAAUGGAAGAUGCCAGGAGGGUUGGCCGUCCUCGAGACAACCAGGCCAUUGAGUUUCUAUUCCAGCUGGGAAGGGAUGCGGCUGAAGAGGUGGCCCAGGAAAUGGUGGCCCUGGGACUAGUCUGUGAAGCGGAUUACCAGCCUGUAGCUAGAGCUGUUAGAGAAAGAGUGGCUGCCAUUCAACGAAAAAGAGAGAAGCUUCGUAGAGCUCGGGAAACAGAGCCACUUCCACCACCCCCGGGACCACCUCCAGUGGUUGCCCCCACAGCUCCUGGUCCCGAAGCUCCCUUUCCCCCUGAACCUGAGGAACCAGAGGCAGAUCAGCACCAGCCAUUCCUCUUCCGCCAUGCCAGCUACUCCUCUACCACUUCGGAUUGUGAGACUGAUGGUUAUGUCAGCUCCUCUGGCUUCAUGGAAACUUCAGAUCCAGUGCUCCAGCCUCAUGGAAGGGAACCACCCAGCCCUGCUGAUCCCCAGAUCUGCCUCCCUUCAGCCUUUGCCGUAUCCAUUCCCCGAUCUGGCCCAGCUAGUGACUUCUCCCCCGGGGAUAGUUAUACUUCAGAUGCAGCAUCCGGACUCAGUGAUGUAGGAGAAGGGCCAGGAAGAAUGAGGAGACCCCCUGGGAGAAGCCCAAAACGCAGACCUCGAUCCCGCCUACGUGUUACCAGUGUGUCGGACCAGAAUGAUCGAGUCGUUGAGUGUCAGUUGCAGACACACAACAGCAAGAUGGUGACCUUCCGAUUCGACUUGGAUGGAGACAGUCCUGAGGAGAUCGCAGCUGCCAUGGUAUAUAAUGAGUUCAUUCUGCCAUCUGAGCAGAAUGGAUUCCUGGGCCGGAUUCGGGAAAUUAUUCAGCGUGUGGAGACCUUGCUAAGGAGAGAAGGGGGCCCUGUGGGGGCCACUGGAGAUGCCCCAACUCCCCAGGAGGAGCCCACGAUACCAGCUCUCCCUGGCCCCCUCUCACUCCCAGUCAGUGAGACCAAGAACGGCACCUCUCUGGAACAGAGAAACUGGACAUCCUUCCCUUCAUCCCCAAUGUCACCAGGGUACCCCCUGUCUCCUGGGACCCCCUUUCCUCCAGGCCCUUCCUUCCCUAUCACAGCCCCCCAUUUACCUAUCACUUCCUCCCCGUAUCCCCUCGAUUCCUCCCAGUUCCCCAUCACAUCCUCCCAGUUCCCAAGUCUCUCUCCUUUCCCCCUUAGUCCUCCAUCCCCAUUUCCCACUAGUCUGUCCCAGUUCCCCAUCCCAUCUUCCCAAUUUCCCCCAAGCUCUCCACCUCCAUUUCCACCUAAUUGCUCCCAGUUCACACUCACCACUUCUUCCUUUCCUCCAAAUCCUCCUUCUCCUCUUCCCCCACCCCCUUCAACUCCCCUCCUUUCUCUGGCUGGUGCCUUCUCUCUGGCUGUGAUGACUGUGGCUCAGUCCCUGCUAACCCCCCAACCCCAGCUCCUCCCUCGACCUCCAAGCCCUCCUGCCCCUCCAUCCAGUCCCUCAGCCCCUCUUGUACCGUGCAGCUUGGAGAGCCCUUCACCACCUAAAGCUGAGGAGCAAAGUGAGGCCACCCCCAGUUCUCAGGUGCUCCAGGUUGAAGCCAGGCUGUCACCCAUCACAGAAGAAGGGAAGCCACAGGUCGUCGGGCGUUUCCAAGUGACUUCAUCAAAGGAGCCAACUGAACCCCUUCUCCAACAGCCAACAGCUCCACCUCUGGGUUCCCCAGAACCUUCCACCCCCCUGUUGGCUCCCGAGAGUUCAGACACAGAAGACAGUGCUGGAGGAGGGCCAGAGACUGGGGAGGCUCUAGCUGAGAGCGAUCGGGUGGCAGAGGGUCUGGGGACUGGAGCUGAGGGGGAGGAUGGGGAAGAGGAGAGGGAGCCAUGGAGGGGCACCAGCCCCCCUCCUCUAAGCCAGCCCAGCCCGGUGUGGUUGAACUACACAUACAGCAGUAACCUGUGUCUGAGCAGCGGGGACUCAGAGAGCAGCGGGGAGGAUGAAGAAAUCUGGGCAGAGCUGCAGAAUCUUCGUCAGAAACACCUGUCUGAGGUGGAGGCCUUGCAGAUGCUGCAGAAGAAAGAGAUUGAGGACCUCUACAGCAGGCUAGGGAAGCAACCCCCCCCAGGCAUAGUGGCUCCUGCUACCAUGCUCUCUAGCCGGCAGCGUCGAAUCUCCAAGGGCAGUUUCCCUGCCUCUCGUAGAAACAGCCUGCAGAGACCAGAGCCCCCACCCCCGGGCAUUAUGAGAAGGAAUUCUUUAAGCGGCAGCAGAGCUGGCUCUCCAGAACAGCGACCAAGCAAGGGGGUGACAUUCGCUGGGGAUUUUGGCAGGAUGAUUCACAGGGUUCUAGACCGGAUGAUCCACUUUAUUGUCAAUCAACUCAACUCGACCACCAUCAUUGCCACAUCAGGUUUCAACAAAGAGAAGAGGUACCAUACUGGCCCCCCAACGAUGGCUUUAAAUCUCUACGACAGGAAGAAGCUAUGA